GCUUUCCCGGGGCUCUAUAUAAAGCGCUGGCGUUUCCGGGACGGCUGGCAGCAUCUGGCUGCCCCAAGGGCCCCAAGAUACGGUAAUCCCAAACAAUACUCGGGGUCAUUGUUUACAGUUAUAAAACACAUUCUGUCCGGAGCUGCAUCCCCAAGGACGUGCGCGCGCGGCGCGGCGGGGUGGAGCGAGGCCGCCCAGACCCUUCACACCUCCGCCGCCUACCGCUCAGCGGGGUCCGCAGCUGCGCGGGCCCGGGCGAGGGCUGUGAAGCCGGCGGACGCGCAAGCCAGCCAGGGGUGCUUGGCUUUUUUCCUCCCCGCGUCCGGGCCUGGCGGGGUGUUUACGCGCCUCUCCCAGCAGGACUGAGUAAAUGCAGUCCUUUGACGCAAAACGGAUCAGCCCUUCCCCAGCGGCAGCGGCAAACCCAGAAAACUGGGGGUGGGGACGGGGGCAGGGCCCGGAGGGAGAAAUCGUGCACUUUCCCACUCGCCUCCUGGCCCCUUCCUCGCGCCACGCGGGCCCCGGCCAUCCCGGCGAGGCCUCGGAGGGGCUGCAAGGGAGGCGCGGCCGGGCUCGCAGGGCCCUUCCCGGAGCGGCAGCGUGCCGGAGGCGCGAACAGACGCGCUUUUGGUUUUCCUUCCAGCAGCGGUGCCGCCCCGCCCUGCCCCAUCCUGCGCUCGAAAAUCCAGGUGCCGCGGGGUGGCUCCCACACAGCCCUUCCAGUAACGCGGGGGGAAAGGAGGAGGGGAAGGGGAACAGGAGCUUCCUUCGCGGUCUCCGCCGUCCCGGGCCCGCCCAACCACGGGCAGGCGCCGUCGGGAGCGCGCCUGCGGGCGAGCGCGCCUUCGCGCUCUCCCCCGCCCCCGCGUUGCCCGCUCCCCGGCCCUUUCCUUUCUUGUGGGUUCCCGUAAAGCCCAGCAGCCCCCGGACGUCUGCAGAGCAUCACGGAAUCGGUGCUGAUGCAAGUCGCUGUCCUCCUUUGGUGCGCCCCGGCCUGCCUCCGGAGCGCUUUGAUCCCGGCCUUGCCCUGCUCCAGAACUUGGGCUGGAUUUGUUUGCCCGCCCGGGAGGCCUGCGCUCCACAGCCCGGCCUCACCUUUCAGGCCCUUGAGCGCCAGACUCGGGGUAUGCCCUGGCGCUGCCUCCAGACCGGCCUCCCCUGCCUCAGCUGGUGCCCGGGGAACUCCCUGCCCACCCAAGAAUGCAGCCUCCAGGCCCCAGUGAGCCCCUUUUGCGGGGGAACCAAUCCGGGCUCAUGCAGUUACGCAGGGCCCUCUGGGACCCCGGAAUAAUUAACGCUAAGAAUGCAGGCGAACUUUUACUGAACACCUAACCAAAAUCAGACACCGUCCUGAAAACGGAUUGUGGCACGUAAUCCUCACAAGAAACAUGUGAGGUGGGUCUUAUUCCUGGCUGCAGACAAGAAAGUGAGAUUAGGUUAUUUGUCCAGGCAACUGAUUAGUGCGGUAGUGACCUGUUGAGUGUACAGAUGAGAUUCUCUGACAUCAAGCUCUUCCUCAGACGUGGCGUUCGCCACCUUCCACCGGAAUGUCUCUCUGACUGGUCUGGGGCUUGACUUAAAGCUCGUGGCUUUAACUUCCUCUGCAAGUGUCCCUUAGUUCUCGGCUGAAUAAAUAAGCAGCCCCGGCUCCAGUGCCAUCACUCAGCUCCAGGAAGGGGUCAUGGCAAGUGAGGGAAAGGAGAAAAGGGUAGGUGGGCCGGGUUUCACAUCGCCUCUCCACCGGUUUGUCCGUGCAGCCCAGUGUCUGGCACCCGAGAGAUGACUUAGGUGUCUGAACGGCUGCUUCCUCAGGGCUGCACUGCCCCGGGCAUCUGGGAACUGGGCAUUCCUGAAGCCCUUCUACUCACGUGGCCUCCAUCGUCCUUUGACACAGCACACCCACAAGGGUGUGGACAGCAGUGUGCAUACCCGGAGUUUCGAAGAGGAGGCCAAGGAACAGUGACAGCAACUUCCUCAAGAUUGCUUAGCCUGUGAGCGGGUGUCUGAGGCUGAACUCAAGGCCAUCUCGCCUGGCCGUAAACCCAGUGCGCUGUCACCUUUGAAAGGCUACUAGGAAUAAAGCCAACCCAGAGGGAAGCAGAGCCAAGCAGUGGGGAACGAGUGUUUGAUGACAGCAGUGAUCACCUGUGGACCAGCAUGCCUCCAGUGGUUAUUCUCCUGGGUUUUCCAGAAGGCAAACAUUCCCCACCCCAGUAACUGGAAGGCUACUUACUACCUGUACAAGAGAAUGGGGAUGUCUCUCCAGGCUCACUCGGGAGAAGAGCCACCCUGCCUACAUGGCCCCUUCAUCAGGUCCAACUCAGAGGCCAGAACCAGGCCCAGUGAAUAGCAGCUUCUUUUGAGCAGAAGUUCAAUUCCACCUAAAAGAGACACUUUCCGCCCCGGGGAGUUGCUACCUCGCUUUGUGGGGAGAGCAGGUCUGAGCAGGCUCUUCCUGGCCAGGAUCUGCGCUGUGGGAGAGAAAGGACGAGCCUGCUGCCUCCUGGAAGCCUCCAGCAGCCAAGGAGGGGAGCCAGCCCAACAGAGCGAGGCCUCCCCGCCUCUGCCACCACUGCCACCACCACUGCGUGCGGUGCUCAAUUAUCACAGGUCACGCCGUCCAGGUCACUCUGUUCUCGCUGCCCUGCCCAACCCCACCCUGCCCAGCCGCCCCCCAGCCACUGCUCCGUGGCCUCCUGCAGGCCCAGGUCUCCACCCCAAGGGCCCUCAACCCACCCCACCCCAGGAGGAAAAGGGCCUCUGUGACCCAGACCCUCCACCCAACCUAGACACCAGGAGACCAAACUUCCAACCCCUAGGACGGGCUCUGUGGUGCAGAAUUUUCUAGAAAAUAUCCCAGUGAUAUAUUUGAGUGGGUUUGCCCUUUAUUGCCUGUGCAUCCUGAAACAGAUUAUUUCAUCUCUCUGACCCCAUUUCCUUGUCUGUAAGUUAGAGGUACUAAUAUCCCUCCUUCCCCUGCAGGUGUGGAAAGGGGUUCAAAGAGAUCAUUGUGAGAGAGUUAGCAUUUUGCUAACUUACGUAAAAAGCUACACAAAUAUUAAAUAUUUUUUGGAUCAAGACUGAACAAGCUGUGAGCAAAAUUGCUAGAAGUUUAGCCUUUUCACCCAAAAGAUCACCCCAUGGCUGGCACCCCACCCAUCCAUCCUGUGAGCACCGUAUUCUCUACAUGCUCUUGCCUUCUCCCUGCAUUUCUUUCCUUGGGCUUAAAAAGCUCUCCAGGAGCGACAGCGUUGGUAUUUUCCCCUGUGGUUUUCACAGACAGGGAAAUCGAGGCAGGGAGCAAGAAGGUUUUCCGGACCACACAGCAUGUUUGAGAGAUUGCAGCCAGGUCUUCUGACACCCUGCCCAGUCCCCAAGUUCCUGCUUCUGUCACUGGAAUGAAUCUGCUUUCUAACAAAGCCUUUAAGCUCAUGGGACAGGGGAGCAGUCAUUAAAAACAGACAACAUUCCAGAGUAUGUGGCUCUGUAGCUGGAGAUC